AUGAGCUCGUCAAACGGCCGCUCCGAACGCCCCGAACGGGCCGGCUCCAUUGAUCCCCUUUCUCACCCGGAUAUCUACUAUGGAAAUGAAGAUUCAAACGCUAGGAUUCGUCGCGGACGCGCUUUUUCGGCGAGCUUGAAGGACUACAGCCGCGAGGAUAUCCAUGAGUUUCUGGGGACUUUGCCCUCGAGGCGAGGAAGCCAUGAUGAGGCAAGCCACAAACCCCGCAAAUUCUUCAUCAACGUGGAAGAAACCCUCGACGCCCUGUUGAAGCAGGAAGAUACCGAUCAAAAUAUGCAGAUCACGAUUGAGGAUCUUGGACCAAAGACGCUGUCGAUCGGAACUGCCGCUUCGUCGGGAUACAACCGUGUUGACGUUCGCGGCACUUACAUGCUUUCCAAUCUUCUUCAAGAGCUCACAAUUGCGAAAGACUACGGUCGCAAGCAUAUUGAGCUCGAUGAAGUUCGCCUCAGCGAGAAUCCAGUAGCUCGGCUUUCGCGGCUGAUCAAGAAUUCGUUCUGGAAAGCGUUGACCAGACGCAUUGAUGGCUCCAAUAUUGAGGUAGCUGGAAAAGAUCCCAAAGAUUGGACAUCCGACCCACGACCUCGCAUUUACAUUCCGCCAGGUGCCCCGGCACAGUUUGAAUACUAUUCCAAUAUUGCCGAGAAGCACCCGGAGUUGCGCUUAGACGUGGUCAUGCUGGACGCUGACAUUACUCCGGAUUACGUUAUGAAGCUCAGUGAGAAGCCGGGCUUGUUGGCACUUGCAAUGCAAACCAAGGUCGACGAAGUCACUGGGAAAGAAGAUCUGGAAGGUGUUCCAUUCGUGGUGCCUGGAGGUCGCUUUAACGAACUGUACGGAUGGGAUAGCUACAUGGAGUCUCUGGGCCUCCUUGUGAGUGACCGAGUUGAUCUUGCCAAGGGCAUGGUCGUCAACUUCUGUUUCGAAAUCAAGCAUUACGGAAAGAUUCUCAAUGCCAACCGAUCCUACUACCUGACUCGCUCGCAGCCUCCGUUCCUGACUGAUAUGGCGCUGCGUGUCUAUGAGCGGAUCAAGCAAGAGCCAGACGCCAAAGAAUUUCUUCGGAAUUCAGUCCUCGCUGCCAUCAAGGAAUACCACAGUGUGUGGGCAUGUGAGCCACGCUUGGACCCGGUCUCCGGGCUGUCGAGAUAUCGACCACAGGGCUGGGGUGUACCGCCGGAGACGGAACCCACUCAUUUCACCCACAUCCUGAUGCCAUAUGCAGACAAGCAUGGCAUGACUUUUGAGCAAUUUGUUAAGGCUUACAACUCUCGCGAGGUGAACGAGCCAGAGCUGGAUGAGUAUUUCUUGCAUGACCGAGCCGUGCGUGAGUCCGGUCACGAUACCAGUUAUCGUUUGGAGCGCGUGUGCGCCAAUCUCGCUACGGUCGAUCUGAACUCUCUGCUUUACAAGUACGAGGUGGAUAUCGCCAGGAUCAUUCGAAUCCACUUCAAAGAUAAGCUGGAUAUCCCGACGGAGUUCAGAACUCCCCAGACGCAGGAUAUCGAGUUCGAAACCUCGGCCUCCUGGGACCGCCGUGCCCGCAAGCGCAAGCAGCGAAUGGAUCAGUUCUGCUGGAACGCAGAGAAAGGCAUGUUCUUUGAUUACGAUACUGUAAAGAAGGAGCAAACGGACUAUGAGACUGCAACAACCUUCUGGGCCAUGUGGGCUGGUCUCGCGACUCCAGCUCAGGCAGCCGAUAUGGUAGCCAAGGCUCUGCCUCGACUUGAAGCAUUCGGUGGUCUAGUAUCUGGAACAGAGAAAUCCCGAGGUCCCGUCGGCUUGGAGCGACCUAACCGACAGUGGGAUUUCCCCUACGGCUGGGCGCCGCAGCAGAUGCUCGCUUGGACUGCGUUCCUGCGCUACGGAUACCAGGAGGAGGCGGAGAGACUGGCUUAUAAAUGGCUGUACAUGAUCACCAAGGCAUUCGUCGAUUUCAAUGGUGUUGUUGUGGAGAAGUAUGAUGUGACACGGCCCAUUGAUCCACACCGCGUUGAUGCCGAGUACGGCAACCAGGGCACCGAUUUCAAGGGCGCGCCACGUGAAGGUUUUGGGUGGGUCAAUGCCAGUUACGUGUAUGGACUGGAGAUCUUGAAUGCGCACCAGCGCCGCUCGCUGGGAACUAUCACGACCUAUGAUACGUACAAGAAGGCGGUCGACGCCCAGAGUGCGUACUAA